UUGCUGACGGGCUAUUCCCCUUAAAAUACUAGCAUUUCAUUUUCCAAUUGUUGCCACCGAUUUAGUCCACACUAGUAGCCAGCUGCAGCUUUCCCUACCCUACAUUCUUAAAAACAUGAACAAACGUCUUGCUUGGAUGCCCUGACUUUUGUCCUUAAUGUGCCAAUAAAAACACAGUAUGACAGGAACAACGGUGCAAGGACAUUGAUAACUUUAGAUUCCUUGCAGCUCUGGCUGACUCGAUUAACAAAAUAUUUGAUCUAUUCUUAUCUUGUAUUGCAAAACAAAAUAAAUUCCAUAUCAUGACAGUGUGAUCAUGCAGAGUUUUAACUCAGUCAUUCCGAUACAAAUAAAAAUGUUGCGAGUAAUCCCUUUUUACAAUUACGCACCAAGAACAAAUCCACUCCCGAUUCUGGCAACCGCGGCCGCACUGACUCGGUCGCCUAAUAAAGGUGCGCAUUUAGUGUGUUCAGACGGGUUGGUCCUGGAAGUUCCCAACAAAACCUGGCACUCUGGAAAGAAAACCGUUCACCGAUGGAGCGCGGUCUCAAUUACGUUCGCCAGGCAGAAAUGAACGAAGUUCAGUUGACAUUUGCAGAAAAUAUCAACUAGUUCAGCACCUUUCGUCCAUUCAGGUACAAAAGACGGACCGUGGUUUGAAUCUGUCAGGAAAUGUGAAAGGAAGAGGUAAAUAUGUAAAGUAUCUGGGAAAAGUGCCGAUAUUUCACAUGAGAAGCAUAGCAGCUGGAAGUUUAUGAGAAUUUGAACAUUUGAAUGGUGCGAAUCCGUGGAAGUGUCACGGGGUAAAGUAGCUUCAAAGAUGAGCCGCUUCUUUGUCCAAUGUCUCCUUGACUUGAAUGUUUUUUCUUGUGGAACUGUAGGAAAAUUAGGAAUUUUUGGAAUGUCGAAAGUCAAGGACAACGUCUGGAGUUUGUGCAUAUGCAUUUUGGAGAGGGGAAUGUUUUAGUAGGUAGACAAAAUUUGGAAGACAAUGACGCAGCAAGUGUCUGACCUCCCAAGCGGGCCGCUGGACAUCUACAGGCAAAAAGCUUCUUUCCCGUGGAAGGACAUGCGUCUCUUCCUGGACGGAGAAGAGGCGAUGGCGUUGAAGCAACGUGUCUUCGCGGCGAUGGAGAACGACCCGCUUUUCUCCAGGACGCCGGGUGAAGACGUCCCUGUGGAGCGAAUGCGGGAGCUCACCUUCCUCAGGGUGAAGCAGCUGUUCCGCUACGACUUCCUGACCAAUGAAGAGGCCCUGGCCGACCCGUGGAAGACGGUGGUCCUCAAUGACUGCUUGGGAAUGUUCGACUGGUCCUUGGCGGCCAAGUUCUUCCUCAACAAAGGCAUGUUCGGAGCGACGGUCGCCAGCGGCGGGUCGGCGCGACACGGCAAGUACGUGCACGGCGUCGAAGACAUGACGACGUUCGGGUGCUUCGCGUUGACCGAGCUGAGUCACGGCAGCAACACCAGAGCCAUGAGGACCACCGCCACCUACCAGCCCUCCACGCAGGAGUUUGUCAUCAACUCUCCAGAUUUCGAGGCAGCCAAGUUUUGGGUGGGCAACCUGGGGAAGACGGCCACUCACGCGCUGGUGUUUGCGCAGCUCUACACGCCGGAUGGGGUCUGCCACGGCCUGCACACCUUCGUGGUCCCGGUGAGAGAUCCCAAGACGCUGCUGGCUCUGCCCGGUGUGCUGGUCGGAGAUAUGGGCAAGAAGUUGGGCCAAAACGGACUGGAUAACGGGUUUGCUUUGUUCCACAACGUGAGGAUCCCGCGGGAGAAUCUCCUGAACAAGACUGGCGACGUGACGCCCGCCGGUAAAUACGUGAGCCCUUUCCAGGACCCCGACAAGCGUUUCGGGGCGUCCCUGGGCGCCCUGUCCGGAGGCCGGGUGUCCAUUGCCAGGGUGGCCCUGGUCAACCUCAAGCUGGCCCUGACUGUGGCAGUACGCUUCUCCGCCACCAGGAGGCAGUUCGGGCCCAAGGACGGCAUGGAGCUUCCCGUAAUCGAGUACCAGUUGCAGCAAUGGCGUCUGAUUCCGUACCUGGCGGCAGCGUACGCUCUGGAGCGUUUCUCCAAAUCCCUCUUCGACGACUUUGUGGAGCUUCGCGUGGGACAGAUGAUGGGGGAGCGCACCGACAGACAGGCCGAGCUGGGCAGGGAGAUCCACGCGCUGGCCUGCUCGAGCAAGUCCUCGGCCUCGUGGACGGCUCAGCGGGGAAUCCAGGAGUGCCGCGAGGCCUGCGGCGGUCACGGUUACCUGGCCAUGAACCGGCUGGGGAGUCUGCGCGACGACAACGACCCCAACUGCACCUACGAGGGGGACAACAACGUGUUACUGCAGCAAACCAGCAAUUACCUCCUGGCCUGGAUGGACGCCAAGCGACGCGACGGCGCGCGCAUCCGCUCUCCUCUUCACACGGUGGACUUCCUGGACCAUUUCCACAGGAUCCGAGACGGCCGCUUCACAGCGCGCACGAUCGACGACUGCGCGGACUCCGCAGUGGCGCUGGCGGCCUACGAGUGGCUGGUGUGCUUCCUCCUGGAGGAGAGUCACAAGAGGCUGGAGCAGCACCGGACUUUGGGCCAAGACGACUUCGAGGCCCGGAACAAUAGCCAGGUGUACUACUGCCGCGACCUGGCCUUGGCCUACAUCGAACGCUGCUGCCUCCUCAGGUUCCGCGAGUGGACUCUGCGCGAGGACACGCCGAGACGACUGCGAGCCGUCCUCGGGAAGCUUUGUGCGCUUUAUGGACUGUGGAGCCUCAGCGGCCACAUGGCCACGCUCUACCAAGGUGCUUUCCUGAGCGGAAGGGAGCCGGCCCGCUUGAUCCAGACGGCCAUUCUUACUCUCUGCGCGCAGCUGAAGGACGACGCGGUGGCGCUGGCGGAUGCCGUGGCCCCCCCUGACUUCAUCCUCAACUCCCCCAUCGGCAACGCCGACGGGCAGCUGUACAAGAACCUCUGGUCCACGGUGACGCAGGGGCGCCGAGCGCUGGAGCGGCCGUCCUGGUGGAAAGAGUUCUGCUCCGACAAGCCCGCCGUGGGAUCUCUGCGGCCCAAACUCUAGACGGCGCGCGCCGGGCGAGCGUACGUUCUCCGUUUGGAAGCCUCCGCCUCCACGCGGAGACGCAACUUGGCACCAAAUCUUGCAGUUUCCAGCGACGACUGCGUUCGCAAUCGUUCACUCGUUCCUUAUUCCUGAAUCACUACAAAGAGAUUUGUUGGGGCCUUUUUAGGGAACUACAGUAUCUCGGACUAGGUCCCAAAGUCCAAGCGGGCAAUCCAUCGCGUCGCCGCUAAUGUUAUGCUACGGCCGUCGUGUCAUCCCAGCACAUCUGAAAAUAAAAUGCAUAUCAGCUUUUCUGCACUAGAUUGGUUUGGUGAAAUGAGGCGAGAGAAGUUUAUUUUUCAUAAUGUCUGUGUGUAUACACGCAUAAUGUAUAUUAUCACUGACUAAUCAAUGGCUUAUCAAUAAAGGGACAUCUUGAUCAACGCUG